AAGUGCUGAUCGAGAUGAAGAACCUCUCCCUUCCCAACUUCCAGCCAGCAGGAAGUGGUUUAGUUAUGAGUCCAUCGGUGAGCGCACAGAAUCACAUCGCCCAUUUCACUGCCUUUACAGAUUUCCAGAAUUCCUCCAACCUGCUCUUUGAAACUUCCCUCGGACAUGCCUUCCACACACCAGCCAUGAAGUGGAAUAAGACAGGUUACCUGGUGAUUCCUACUAGUGGUGUCUACUUCCUGUAUGCCCAGGUAACCUUCAACUGUGUACAGGAUUGCAUCAGCCAUCCUCAUCAGGUUUAUGUCUCCAUUUCCAAGAAAACCAAACAUUACCCUGCCCCAGAGAAGCUGCUGAAGAGUUACGCCAGGCCCCAGGCCAAAGCUGAAGAAUUCUUGAAGAUCUCCACCCUUCAGGCUGGUGCUUUCAAACUUGACGCCGAUGAUCACAUUAACGUUGAAGUUCCCAAAAAUCUAAUUAAGUACGUUUCCAUCAACGAAUGUGAAACCUAUUUUGGGGCAUUCCUGCUUCAGCAGCCUUCCUUGUGAUAAGCCAGCUCUAACUUAUCAUAGGAUUGUUACAGCAUAGAAAGAGAUCACUCAACCAAUUAAGACAAUGCUAGACUGAUGCAGUAAUCCCAUCAGUUCCAUUUCCAUCCCCCUCCCCCCCAGUACAGUCUACUUCCCUUCAAAAUCCCCAAAUGGUUCUGCUUUCACAGUCAUUUCCGACAAUGACUUCCCAAUCUUGUCUACUCCUGGUACAAAAGCCACCUUGUCUCUUUGCCAAAGCCAUCAAAUCAUUGUCCCAGGUCCUUGGCCAAUCUGCUGAUGUAAGCUUCUUGCUACCAUCUACCCUCGACCGCAUUGCUGUCAGAUCUCUCCAUCUCUGAUGCAGAGUGAAAAAAAAACAAGCUUCUCCUAUCCAGUAGUGGAGUUAAAUUGCACAUCACUGAACCCUCUCCAGCAUUUUUCCACCCUUCCUCGAGUUUCUGGGGUUUAUGAAUGUGUUGGUAACAUCUACCACAUUCCCACCAUGAUCCCUCUCCACCUCUCCAUAACCCCCCAAAAGCAUUCCAACAGAUUAGUCAGAUCAAUUUGUUUUUAACAAAUCCCGUGGCCUCUUCUUUAACAACUCAAAUUGUUCCAAGUGUUUAAAUAUUGCUUCCAGAAGUUUUCCCACACUGGGUUGAACUGUAAUUGCUGCCAAGUCCUUUCUUCCCCUUUUGAAUGAGACCGUUCAAUCCACCAAAUGUCGAGCCCCUCCUGUGGUCAGGGAGGUGGUGUUGGAUGAGAUGUAGUCACCCUGGGGAAGGGAUCUAACUCAAUAUGACUUCUAAACGUAUUCUGUCUGGUUCAACAGACUUUCAGCCAAUGUUUAGCACAACAUUAUGCUACACUAGCACGUUUGAUAUUUUUGAGUUACACUCUAAUGAGUGAUUUAUUGUUUCAUUUUGUCAAAUGUAAUGUUUAAUUGUGUCUCUACUGGUCAGUUCUCAAACAAUAAA